GUCAUUCCAGACCUAGCCAAACAAGCAACAUAAACAAAAAUGGGGCGCCCGUCAGUGUGUGAGGUUGUGGUGCUACGAUGUGAUUAAUUGAAAAUACAGGACUGUUUAGGCUGUAUUUUACCGUUUCACAAAAUCAGCUACGGUCACUAUCCACCGUUAACGUCAUAUUCUGCGUGUUAACAGUUGAAUCUCCACUCUGUGAUGAGCUGCUUAUGCGACGAUGGAUAGUGAUCUGAGCCUACAGGACAAGAAAGACUUGGAUAAAUUCAUCAAAUUCUUUGCCUUGAAGACUGUGCAGGUUAUAGUUCAAGCCCGACUUGGAGAGAAGAUCACUACUUGCUCAUCUUCAUCACCGACCGGUUCAGACUGGUUUAAUCUGGCUAUAAAAGACAUCCCUGAGGUGACUCAUGAGGCAAAAAAAGCUCUUGCUGGACAGCUGCCUGGCAUCGGCAGAUCCAUGUGUGUGGAGAUCUCCCUCAAAACUUCAGAGGGAGACUCCAUGGAGCUGGAGACAUGGUGUUUGGAAAUGAAUGAAAAGUGUGAUAAGGACAUUAAAGUGUCCUAUACAGUUUAUAAUCGGCUGUCGCUGCUGCUCAAGUCUUUACUGGCCAUCACAAGGGUGACACCUGCUUACAAGCUUUCACGUAAACAAGGCCAUGAUUAUGUCAUACUCUACAGGAUCUAUUUUGGAGAUGUCCAGCUGACAGGUUUUGGAGAAGGGUUCCAGACAGUGCGAGUGGGUAUUGUAGGCACUCCCAUAGGCACCAUCACUUUGUCCUGUGCGUAUCGCACUAAUUUGGCCCUCAUGUCUUCAAGGCAGUUUGAGAGGACAGGCCCCAUCAUGGGUAUUAUCAUUGAUCAUUUUGUGGAGCGACCCUUCACUAAUAUGGCACACAUGCAUCCUUGCAGUUACAGAGCUCCUGGAGAAGAUGAGGGAGGGGCUUAUGCAGGAAUAGAAGACUCUCAGGAGGUGUGCACCACAUCCUUUUCCACCUCCCCACCAUCACAGUGUGCGUGUACUGUAAGUAAGGCACAUUUUAAGACACCUAAGCCGGCUCUGAUGGCCACACUGAAGGUUCCCCUCAUGGGGCUUGGCAUCUCACAGCAACUGUACAGCUCUCGUCUGUCAUAUCAGACUCCUGCCCUGGGAACUGUGGAUUUGUGCCAUCCUACGACUUGUCCUGCUGCUGUACAUCCUCACCAGAUGGCUGUGCCAGGUAAAGAAGGUGGAGUCCCACAGGUCCCGGCUCAACCUAAUCAUGGCACUGCGGCUGAGCACGGUCGUAUCCCAUCAUGCCCCACUGGACAGUCCCAUCAGCCGGCACCACCCACAUCCUGUGGCAGCGAGGUGAAGACUGUGUGCCCUUCUGAUGCUCCUGAGACAACCUUCACCAGGAAAGUUGGAGCUUUUGUCAACAAAGCCACCACACAGGUGACGACAAACAGUCUGGAUCUUCCUUUUGCUGCGUUCGCUCCAAGAGUCUAUGACCUGGAGGAGAACGACCCAAUGGUGCACCCUCCUCCAUCCCCGGCCCCUUCAUCUCCUUUGCAAGGCAGCCUGCAUUCAAACAGCUCGAGCCACAGCGGGGGACAGCCACAAGACGACUUUGUCAUGGUUGACUUUAAACCAGCGUUCUCUAAGGAUGACCUUCUGCCAAUGGAUCUAGGCACUUUCUAUAGAGAGUUUCAAAACCCUCCUCAACUCGCAAGCCUGUCCAUCGAUGUCAGCGCUCAGUCUAUGGCUGAGGACUUGGACUCUCUUCCAGAGAAACUGGCCAUUUAUGAGAAAAACAUUGACGAGUUUGAUGCAUUUGUGGACACCUUACAAUAGAACAGAACAGAGAUUUCAUCCUUCACAACCUCUUUACUCGUCCUGCUUCAUUCACUUUCAGGCAUCGAUAUUUUCAUUAACAAUGUUUUGUGUCAGCUUUACCAUGUGCAAUGGUGUAUGAAAAGAAUCAUCAUUACGGAAAAAAGUUAACUGAGGUAAGGUAUAAGAUGAAUCCACUGGCUUGGGGACAGCAUCUGUUAAAGGAAGAGCAACAUUAAUUCUCCCACCCUUGUAUUUAUUAAGAUAGCAGAACUGUGUAAGUAAUGCUCACUGUAAUGAAUGUAUAAACCUGUACCAGCCUUUAUUUUUGUUUUGCUCAUCCUGACAACACAUCCAGCUCACUGACUAGUCACUGAAACAGAUCUCUGAAGUGUAAGGGAAAAUCUGAGAAUAUGGGCUUGCACAUGAAUGACACUACAGUGAAGUCUGUCUGCUUAUCUGCUUUCCCGUAAAUGCAUUUUACCAUAACUUUUCAAACUUUCUUUAUGUAGGGACAGAUUACAACUUGUCAGGUCUUGAAUGGUGAGGAAUGUUUUUUUUCCUUGUCUUUUUUUUAAAGCUUAUGUUGGCAAGUCACUAGGAGCUGGACCUUCUUUAAUUAUUUAAAGUGUCAUCUUUCUUCCCCUCACUUUGUUAAAUAAGGCAUGUAAAUGUUGUGUAAUAAACUGAUUUAUUUCACACAGCC